ACGAGCUAUCGGGCAACUCCCAGCCACAAAGAGGAUAAAGCAUUGAUUUUACAAAAUUAGUUUUUUUUUCUCGAAAUUAAAAUUUUUGUUGAAAAUUUGAUUUGAAAAAAUUUAAUAAUCGUAACUAUUACAUGGAAAUCUCUUAUGAAUUGCCAUUAUUCAAAAUUGAUAAUUGAUUGUUGUGAAUAUUUUAACAACAUCAUAUUUGUGUUAAAAAAUAUUUAAUAAUUUUUGUGCUUACAUUAUCGUGCAACUUCACUUUUUAAAUUUCAAAACUAUUUAUUGCAAUGACAGCUCUGUUUAUUCAAUGUUGCCAGUCUGUUUAUUAUAGCGCGACAGUUGUUUAAAAUUUCUUAUUCUCAAAAAUUAUUUCCAAGCAACCGUCACACAACUAAAUUUCUGUACUGAAUUGACAAUGAUUUAAAAAUUUAUCGUAAUAAUUCGAUAUAUUUCUCGGUAAAAAAGUUAAUUAUUUUUCAUUAUGGCUGAAGAGGAAGCUGAAAAUGAACAACAAGACCAAAGACACAACGAUGAUUCAUUUGAUUAUGGUGCAUAUGGAGCUGGACUUGGUGACUAUGAUGAGGGAGGUGGCGAUAAAGGAGGAAAAAGGGUUGUAAUAUGUCUGGAGGAGGAUUCUUCCAAGUUCAAACCAGAAUUGUACACGUUCAGAAGGACAGAUCCCAAAGGCGUCGCCAGAGGGCCACCCUUCUGGGUACUUACCGAUCAUCUCAUUGCUGUUAUUUGGAAUCUAUUCAAAGUUCCGGCUGCUGAGGAACCAAUCGGAAUCUCACAACUACAAUGGGCGUUGGAAUUCCUGCGAAGCAUCCGAGAUGACACCGGGGAGUAUCCCAGUUAUGUGCAAAUAUCGAUAAGCCAGCUGGAAGAUAGGCUGCUUGAACUGUAUGCUUCGGUGCCUUUCUUCACCGAAGAGGCCGUAGAGGAGGAACAGGCUCCACGAGAAAAGGAAGAAGAAGCAAUCGACGAAGGUGGUGGAGAAGAAGGAGAGGAGGAAGGCGAAGAGGAAGGAGGUGCUGAAGAAUCAGGAGAACCUAAGAAGAAAAAGAAGCGUGUCAAGUCGUCUGAGGAAGGAGGAGAAGAAGGCGAAGAAGAGGAAGAUGAGGAAGAGGCCGAAGAAGAAGAGGUCGCGAGGCAGACGUUUGGCAGUCUGGUGGAGAUAGAUCGACCUAGCAUGAUGACCAAGCGAAUUUCAGACAAAGUCAAAGUUCCAGAACUGCACAAAGAUCUUAUUGCAUCGGUUACACUCAAAGAUAUUAUGGCCAAGGCUCCUAAGAAGCCUAUGGGCAAAGAUGAGCUGCACGAGUUUUUAACAAACAAGAAGUCUGCCCUCAGUAUUAAAUCAGGAGGAACAAGCAGUCAAACCAAAGUCUCAACAGUAUCUCCACCCGGUGCUUCCCAGGGAGAAAUGUUGAAGUUUUUGAACUCAUUACGCAAAGAGCAAACGGACAGAAUCAACAUUGAGCUGAAGCAGUUGGACAAGAUUGAUGAGUUCAUGAAGGAUGUGCAGACAGGAAACUGUGCAAUGGGAGAGAGUGCCAUCAAGGCAUUGUAUGACAGAUAGAUAAAGUGGCAAAGCAAAGUUUCAGUGAAUAACGCACUCAGAUUACGUCUGUAAUAUGAAAAAGUGAAAACUUAACACUUUUAAACUACACUACAACUAUUCCAGUCCAUCUUGGAAACCCAUUACAAAUCUUACACUACACACUCAACAAAAUAUUUUCACUAUUCUUUACAGAUAAUAAAUUUGAGGAUGAAAUCCAGUUGUCCAAUUAUUUAGAUACAUUAUUUCAAUACCAUUUCUAUUUUAUCAGGUAGCUUAGAAAUGACUCCUAUUCGUUUGAUGUGAUUAUACUAAACUUGAAUAAAAAUCUUAACUAAGCCUGAC